UAGAUUCAAAUGAGUUAUGUGCAUGGUUAAAAUUUCAUCGAGAUCGGUCAAUGCAUUUAGAAGUUACAAGUAAUUUCCGAGGAUCGCAAUCUAAGAACAUAACUAGUCACGUUCUUAAAUGAAAAGCCACGAUUUUCAGAAAUUGUAACUUCUCAGUGCAUUGACCGAUCUCAAUGACAUUUUCAGCAUACACAUAACAUAUUUUUUACACAUGUCAUAUUUUACAUUUUCAUCACAGGCUCAAAUAAAAAAGUUAAAAAAUUGCCUUCUCUAGACGCGUGUCUAUAAAACAUGGAAAACUGCGAUGUAAAACAACCGCAGACGGAGCCGCUGUUGCAGGUAUUACAAACGCAGCAGCAGCAAAUGCUGCAAAUGCAUCAAUUGCUGCAGAAGAUACAGCAGCGGCAGGAGGAGCAGCAAUAUGCUCAGUAUAUCAUAACCGCACCCAGUACCACAGCAACCGCAACAGCAACCGCCGCACGUACAACCGGCAGGAUAUACACCGCAUCCAGUACCACAGCAACCGCCACAGCCGCAGCCGUAUCAGCCGCACCAGUCACAACUGAAUGAGCUGUACGAGCCUGAAGAGCAAAACUCAUACAGGGCAAAACAGCUGCUAAUUCGCCAGUACAGGCGAAAAAUGAAUCGGCUGCGGCGUGAAACAGCGCUAUGGUCCAGCCGCGGCCGCGGGAAUGGCAAUGGAGACAGUCGUGGUCGCGGCUGUAAUGGCCGCAACAUAGCAUUUUAUUUCUAAUUUUAUUUUUCUUAUUAUUAUUUUUGUUGUUGUUGUUGUUGUUGUUACAUACUAAUAACCACUCCCCCGGUACAAACCUUUUUUUUUCCUCUCACCCAUACAUUAAUCAUUAUAUUAUACUUACAUUUCUCUAUUAUUAACCAAGCUUUACACGUAUAUACACGUAUACUUACUUUUGAUACAACACUAUAUAUAUAUACAUUUGCACUCACUGAUACUGGGUAGCUCUGCCACAUUAUACUCACCUUUGUAAAGGGAACCACUGUAGAUAGAGAACCCUGAGAGGAGCAUCUAGAAUUUUCUUAUGCAUAAUCAACAUCCGCUCCCAUGCUCCUCAAGUAACGUCUGCCACUAAUAAACUCAUGUGCAGUAUCUAUAGCUGAUGAGUUAGCAUCAGAAGAUGACCAGCUCUAAGAACGCUGACGGCCGAUAAGCCCAUCAGUUACUUACCUCAGCAUCCUUUUUAAUACAAAUAGAGGGCCUAGAGCCCACUCUCGGUAGUCCUACCAGAGCCGUUCAUCUUGUGCACAUCAAGCCUAAAAAGUAAUCUACAGUAGUUCUCUACGAAUCUUUAAUCCUAAAGGGUGAUCUCCCGCAGUUCUUCACGAGUCUCACUAUCUUGUAACUAUAUGUAAGUCGUUAUAUUAUAUUAACUGUCCAUUAUUGUACUCUAUGGAUUUUAUUCCGACCAUACAUUUCCACCUCCAAUUCUACGUACGGAAUCUCGGACACCUUAAAUUAUUCGCGACUACUAUCAUCCUUUAAAUCGUUUCCGAUUACUUGCGGUACUCUACAAUAAGGCCCGACGUACUUCAAUUAUUAUUUUUAUUAUAUCAACUACUUGAUUCUUAUUCGAUUUCUAUACUCUUCCAUCUCUUGCAUUCAAAGGAGUCGCUCCGGCUUUUACAGUCUAACCUGGCUGCGCUCGCAGGAGUCGCACCGGCUUCUAUCGCCUGCCUGGCAGCGCUCACAGGAGUCGUGUCGGCUUUCCACCCUGGAACUGGUAGCGCUCGCAGGAGUCGCACCGUCGUCUGUACAACACCAUUAUUGCGCUAUAUUGUGCGAUGAGUAAGAAUCGAUUUAUGCGCACUAAGCGCCCCAAUAAAAGGAAACGUCGCGGAGGAGUUAAACACCGAGCUCGAGCCGCCUUUAAACGUCGCGUUCGCGAACUGAUAGAAGAGUUGAACGCUCCGCCUCCAAGCUCGUCCGCCAACCCCGACGAGCCUUGCUACUCGUUGUUAUCUGAGGCCCCGACCAUCCGUCAGGGCCCUCCGUCGCCAGAAGUUAUCGACCUACCGACCGAGUCGGGAGACGAAGUCGGAGAUCCAAGUACCGCUUCACGGGAACCGUCUCCCUUCUCCGAGCUCAAUACCGACGACGCAAUCAAAGUGAAUAACCAUCACGAGAUUCCGGACGAUAUACUGAAUCUUUAUGUUAACGAAUACGCUAACAUACAGAACAAUCUCAUACCUGCUCCACUAUACCACUGGCGUGAGCAAGCCUCAGAGGUGUAUGGCGAAAUCGAAUAAAACUUAACAAUCUGCUA